AUGAUUCCUUUCCACAGCAACACUCCCAGGGCCCAGAAGCUAACAACAUUAACCUCCUUUUGCAAAAUCUCAACAAUAUUCGUGAACCUAACUCAUAAGGGAUUGAAGAGUCAUCAGCUUCCUUUCACAUAUCUAACCAGUCUUCUAAAGGAAAGCAACUCCAGCACCCAACCACCCUUAGAGGUCCAAGCUGUACCCAGGGAAGGAGAUAUGGCCAUGCAGAUAGAAAAGGGUUAUGCACCUCCUGCUUUGACUAUCAAACCAGUCCAAGGGAAGACAUGGAAGAGAGCAGCUUCAAAAGUUUGCAGACUGGCCAGAGAAAGUGAAACAACACAAGUCAUUCCUUCUCCUAAGCACAACAAGAGAACCAAAGAAGAGAGCUAA